CAGAGGGUGACGCCCCGCCGGUCGCAGGCUCUCCGGGGCCUGUCUGCUUGUUCCCUCCAGGCUCAGCGCCGGGCUCUCCCUCCAGCCAAAGCAUGAAUGGCCUCGAGGUGGCUUCCCCAGGCCUGAUGGCCAACUCCUCCCUGGCCCCCACGGAGCAAUGUGGCCAAGAGACGCCACUGGAGAACGUCCUCUUUGCCUCCUUCUACCUCCUGGAUUUCAUCCUGGCUUUUGUUGGCAACUCCCUGGCCCUGUGGCUCUUCGUCCGGGACCACAAGUCCGGCACCCCUGCCAACGUGUUCCUGAUGCACCUGGCCGUGGCCGACCUGUCCUGCGUGCUGGUCCUGCCCACCCGCCUCGUCUACCACUUCUCAGGGAGCCACUGGCCGUUUGGGGAGAUCCCGUGCCGGCUCACCGGCUUCCUCUUCUACCUCAACAUGUACGCCAGCAUCUACUUCCUCACCUGCAUCAGCGCUGACCGCUUCCUGGCCAUCGUGCACCCCGUCAAGUCCCUGAAGCUCCGCAGGCCCCUCCACGCCCACCUGGCCUGCGCCUUCCUCUGGGUGAUGGUGGCCGUGGCCAUGGCCCCGCUGCUGGUGAGCCCACAGACGGUGCGGACCAACCGCACGGUGGUCUGCCUGCAGCUGUACAGGGAGAAGGCCUCGCAGCACGCCUUUGCGUCUCUGGCCGUGGCCUUCACCUUCCCGUUCGUCACCACGGUCACCUGCUACCUGCUCAUCAUCCGCAGCCUGCGGCAGGGCCCGCGCGUGGAGCGGCGCCUCAAGAACAAGGCGGUGCGCAUGAUCGCCGCCGUGCUGGCCAUCUUCCUCGUCUGCUUCGUGCCCUACCACGUCCACCGCUCCGUCUACGUGCUGCGGUACCGCGGCCACCGCGCCUCGUGCGCCGCCCAGCGCGCGCUGGCGCUCGGCAACCGCAUCACGUCCUGCCUCAGCAGCCUCAACGGCGCUCUCGACCCCAUCAUGUACUUCUUCGUGGCCGAGAAGUUCCGAGACGCCCUGUGCAGCCUGCUGUGUGGCAAGAGGCUCCCGGGACCGCCCCCCAGCGCCGACGGGAAGACCAACGAGAGCUCGCUGAGCGCCAGGUCGGAGCUGUGAGCCGGGGGCCACCGCCCUGAGCACCGCCUCGUCCACAAGGACCGGCCCUCAGACUCACCACCAAGGAGGAGCCCGCCUCCGCCCCAGCGGCCCCGAGAAAACACACUGCAGGCUCAGUGGGCCGCCACCACCUGCUCCGAGGCCCGAACUCGUCACCCGGCGCUGAGUCCUGUCUUCUCUGCCACGCAAA